AUGAGCAGUCCAAAUGUAGGUUUCAAUAUUAACUGGACUUACUCUGGCAUACCUUCAGUGUGUCAAGUAGAACAAGAGCCUCUUAUGUAUGCAGUCAUUACGAUAGCACUUCUAGGAUUUAUCGGUAACGCGCUCUUCAUAUUUGUAGUGGCAAGAGUUAAAUCAAUGCGCACAUUGCCAAAUUAUUUCAUCAUCAACCUAGCGUGUACAGAUCUGUUAUGUCUUUUCGGUUUUCUCUUGUUCCCAUUGCUGAACGCACUCGGAGCAACACACAUUGUGAUGGUAGUUUAUUUACGCGUUCUAUUCAUGGAUAUCGCCACGUUUACUUCUAUAUUCACUGUUCUUCUCAUCACAAUUGACCGCUACAUUGCUAUUUGUCAUCCUCUCAAAGCAUCCAGAAUCCAAGGAAAGCGACGUAUGUGUAAUUUAACAGUGUUAGCGUGGAUACUCGGUAUGUGCCUCGGACUUUGUGAGUAUCUUCCUCUUACGCUAUCUCCAAUAAACAAUACAAAUACAGCAAAGAUAACUUUGUUUCUGUUUCUCGCGUUCGCUGUCAUUCCGUUAAUUUGCAUCGGUGUACUUUACGGAUUCAUCGCACGCCGACUGAUGACAGCUGAUAUUAUCUUAGAAAAAGCGCAUUCUCGAUCAAAAUGGCGCCGUGAGAAACAGGUUUUACUCGUUUGCACAUUGGUACUUGUGGUGUUUUUUAUAUGCAUUUUGCCACAAAUAUGUAUGCUUAUAUACGCCCCGUUUAUGCUGGUAACCUCUAUGAGGGUUCCUGUAGAGAUGACAAUGUGUUUUGCUGUCAUUUCCCCAUUGAUGAUGAUCAUUAAUUUUGCUGUGAACCCGUUUAUCUACAACCUACCAAGUCGAAAUCAGAGGAGAGCUUUUCUUCUAGCGUUUGGUGGUAAGCGAGGAAAGCGGUACCAAAAUUCAUUCAAUAGUCGUAAUUAUAGUUUGACGUCCGUAUGA